UCUUUGUUGUCGAAGUCCAACGCUCGACAAAUCGACAUCCGUAGAGAUUUUUCGCAUUAAAUCGACUUGAAUUACUUGACAAAAGAGUAUAGAUUAUGGGUGCCUGAUGGGGCUGCUUCCGCUUUCGUUUUGCGAUAAAUCCCUUCCCCAGUCAAUGCUCAAUCAAUGGCGAUUUCCACUCCAAAUACUAUAAAACCACAGAAUCAUCUCGCCACGUUUCUUCAACUCUGUAGACAUUCUAUUAAAGCCUACACCCAGAACCUGCUCUGUUUCCAGCUUCCUCAUGAUGCCCAUUUCACCGUUUGUCCCUCGUCGAAUCGAUCAAAAACUGAAGAAAUCCAGGUUUAUCCCCAUUACCCGUUUUGAAAUUUUGAAUGACGGGAGCUUUUAGGAGACGAACUUCCUUUUCAAGGCCCAUAGAUCGCCUCCGACUCCGAUUCCGAUUCCGAGCCUCGCUGGACGGUGCCUCGAAAUCUGGGUUCAUCCGAGAGAUGAAGGUGAAGGAGAUCUUGACUUCUUUUCUGAUAGUUUUUCCGUUGGUCGCUUUUGUAGUCUCGGUGCUCCGGAAUCCAGCGGUGGAUCUCUCUCUGGGUUUCGCAGAAGCCAGAGCCUUGGAGAGAGCCGCCGCCAACGCCAGUUCUGAGAGUUCAGGCUCAGCAAAUGGUUUCUCUCGACUUUCGGACAGAGACAAACUUCUUGGUGGCCUUCUAAUUCCUGGAUUUGAUGAAGGAUCAUGCUUGAGCAGGUACCGAUCCAGUUCAUACAGAAGAACUUCUCCCCACAAACCCUCUCCUUACCUCCUCUCUAAACUUAGAGCCUACGAAGCUCUUCAUCGACGCUGCGGACCCGAUACAAAACCAUACAAUGAAGCAGCAGAGCAACUCAGGUCUGGCAGUAGUGUUAGUUCGACCGAGUGUAAAUAUAUCGUUUGGAUAUCUUAUAGUGGCUUGGGAAACAAGAUACUCACUCUGGCUUCUGCAUUCCUCUAUGCCCUCCUUACCAAUCGUGUCUUACUUGUUGACCCAGGGAAGAAUAUGGCUGAUCUAUUCUGUGAACCCUUCCCAGAAAAAUCUUGGUUACUUCCAAAUGACUUCCCCUUGAAGGAUCAAUUCAGUAAAUUCGAUUUGAAAUCUCCUCAUUCUCAUGGAAAUAUGCUGAAGAGCAACGCUCUAAACACGGCAACACAACCGCUCCCGUUGUAUUUAUACCUACAUUUAGUUCAUGAUUAUGAUGAUCAUGAUAAACUUUUCUUCUGUGAUCAAGAACAGGCUCUUUUAGGCAAAGUCCCUUGGCUGAUACUCAAGACAGAUAACUACUUUGUUCCCUCUCUCUUCCUGAUCCCGUCGUUCGAGCGCGAACUAAGUAACUUAUUUCCCCAAAAGGACACAGUCUUCCAUCAUCUGGGCCGGUAUCUUUUCCACCCAUCAAAUCAUGUUUGGGGACUAAUUACGCGAUACUACGAAGCGUACCUAUCUAGUGCAGAUGAAAGAAUAGGAAUUCAAAUAAGAGUGUUUGUGGACGGGCGGGGGCCAUUCGAACAUAUAAAGGAUCAGAUUUUAGGGUGCACCCUCAAGGAGAAGUUACUGCCUGAGGUAGACAAGGAAGGCUUCUCUUCCAUUCCUUUGGAGCACCCAAGAGUGAAGGCUGUUUUAUUGACAUCUUUAAGCUCAGGGUAUUCUGAAAAAGUGAGAACCUUGUACUGGGAACACCCAACCAAAACCGGAGAUGUCGUAGGAGUCUACCAGCCGAGCUACGAAAAGUAUCAGCAGACGGGGAAGAAGAUUCACAACAGGAAAGCAUGGGCAGAAAUGUACCUUCUGAGUUUUAGUGAUGUACUGGUGACCAGCGCAUGGUCAACAUUUGGAUAUGUGGCUCAAGGUCUUGGCGGGUUGAAGCCAUGGAUUCUGUACAAGACCGAGAACUUGACCGUGCCCGAUCCACCGUGUGUUCGGGCGAUGUCGAUGGAGCCUUGCUUCCACUCUCCUCCGUUCUAUGACUGCAAGGCAAAGAAAGGAAUAGAUACUGGUGCAGUUGUUCCCCAUGUGAGACAUUGUGAAGACAUCAGCUGGGGGCUUAAACUUGUUAACCAUGAGGAUUUGUGACAACAUCUAUUCACAUGUAUUGGAAUUUGUCCCCAUGCCUUGGAUGGAUCUGUUUUCUUUUCAAAUCCAUUAUUUUGAAUACGUUCGAAAAUGGAAUAUUGAACAACAAAAAUCUCUCUGCUUCGCCUUGGUUGUAAAAGUAGUAGAACAUGGUAAAGGUCUGAACUCAUAUUGUUAAUCUAUGAAGUAGUAAACA